AUGCCAUUUUCACUGUCCCAGCGAAUAGCAGAUGAAAUCACCAUGAUGAGUCUCAGCCGCAGUCGGAAACGAACCGACCAGCUUGAAAACAACGAGUCGGUUGUUACCAGCCAUGGAAAGAUCUGCCUCUGGUGUAACCGUGAAUUGAUUAUCGACGGAACAGAUGGUCGUGAUGACCAGAGCCAGCCCACUCGUCCCAACCAAGCCAUAAUCUCCAAUCAAAACCAACAGUUCCAACAUAGACACCAAGAGCACCAAGACCAGGACCAGCAGGACCAUCAAGAAUGCCAAGAGCCUCAAUAUCAACAUCAAGAUCAGCAAGGUUGCGGACAGCAGCAUCAUGGCAGACAAGGCCAUCACAUUGACCAUGAGCUGGCUAUGCAAGGAGUUCCGGCCGAUAAAAUGCCACCAUUGCUGUUUCGGUGGUCAAACCGUGACUCCCAAGGAAUCAACUCGAAGACCAUGUUUGUAGCCGGGCUUUUCUGCAACGGUGAUUGGUUUGACUCCGAAGACUGCUCCGGGGACCGUUUCGAGGGCUUCUUUCGGAGCCAUGUAAGUAAACAGAAAGUCAGAACCCCCUUCAUCUCUACCUUCCGAUCACCAUUGGCACCACUUCACCGUGCCAUUGCUGGCCAGAAUGGCGCCAUAGUGACCGUUAUUGACACGUCCAAGUUGGAGACCAAAGUCUUCUAUGCCCAUCCGCUGGCUAUUCGGACCGGGACGCUUGUGUACAAUGGCUGGCAGGGCUACGGGGAGUACCUCAUCUGGGGUCGCGUCCCAGCUGAGGCAAUCGCUUUCAGCGUGGAUAUCGUCAGUCUUGAGGGCAUCACACAGUCACACCGUGAUUUGAACCGCUUGGUUCAGAUCCCCCUUAUCCGCAGCUCUCUACGCUGCAGUGAUACUCUUCGUGACAUGCUGGCGUUGAGGAGAAAGUCGCCCUUCCAAUCUGGUAGAACGCUCGGAAAGUUUUUGACCCUUCUCCAAGUGCCAAGGAUCCACUGGGCGAACUUAGCAUCUGAGUUCGCCAGGGCAUGGGGUUGGAGGAAUGCGAGAGAGACAAAAAUAUUUUACAGCGGAGUGAAAAGUGCACCUCCUUACCUGCCCGAGGAAUUGACGGACUCUGAGAGUGAGGCUCCAUGGCCCACACCUCGAAAGACGCCUUGGCAGACCCCCCAAAAGAUGCACUUCUCACCCGACUGUGUUCCCGACUUAGACUACGAACCACCCGAGACCGACGAAAGGUCGGAAGGGACCUCUGAGUCGGAAGGUGUGUCCAGUUCUCAAACUAUGUCAAUGUGCGACAAGACAGAGACCGCGGAUGAUGGGAACUUUUCAACACAUGAGACGCUGUCUAGUGGAAUCUUCCCGGAGAACAAUGGUUCCGAAGACUUCUUGGCGCAUAUACAUAGUCAAGAGGCAAUUGACUUAACCUCUGAUAAUGAAGAUACUAGUUCCCAGCGCGCAUUGCAGCGGGACUGGCCGUCAGAUGACGAUACAUACAUGUAUCCUGACACGCCCACCAAAAUCCGAGGGAAGAUCUCACUGCACUCGGACAAUAAAGCCACCUACCGCCCUGUACUCAAUGGACAGAUGGACAUGGACUUUUUUGAAAAGUUCCGGCUUUGGACUUAG